UGAUUAUGCAUGCAAAUUCAAGCUACAUACAGUAGCAUUAAACAUUGAACGCAUUUCAAAUUGGUGAAUGCCUAGAGUGAUUAGAUACCUACUAUGUAGGUGCCUUAAUGGGUCUAGUUAAUAGGUAUAAUAGAUCCAUGUCUAUCGCCGUUUUCAGCACACAUCCCUGGUAGUUAUUCCCCAUAUUCAUUAACGCGUGAUAGCGCAGCUAUUUCGCGUCGUCCUCGAAUUCCUCUUAACGCGCUAACAUUACUAUGUGUAAGAUAAAUCGGGUAUUCGUGAAAUCAUCACUAUUUCCUCCCAUGUUACCUGAACACUUUCCUUUUUCUUUAAACAAGUCAGAUUGACUUUUUUUACAAUACAAUUACUUUUUUCUCCCUUGGUAUCAUAAAUUGCCUGACGUAAUCCCUUUUCUUUUUCGUGAUGUCCUCUAGCUCGUCCCCAUCAGAUACUGAUUCCUUUCAUUCAUCCUCUCGAUUGCCAACCAGUGCUCCGUCUUCGCCACCCCAAGCCGACGAUAACUUAGAUAACGUCAAGAUGGCCGUCACUUCAGUAUUUACGGACCAGCAAAUGCUCAACGAAGAAAAAAAGGCUAGAGCCGAAAACACUAGGGCUGAAGCAAAGCGACUCGCUCAAAGGAGGAAGAAGGGAAAGAAGGUCCAAUUAUCUCCUCAGGAACGAGCUCGUAAGGCAAAGGAACUUGAUGAACUUCUACGAAAGAGCAAGGUCUUCAGUGAUAUCCUUACUCAAAAAACGAAAGCCCUCGGCCGUGUCGGACGUGAUUUCGACAACCAAGCAUUGGCUGAUGCUGGCUUAGAAUUAAAGCAACAGCCUAAAAUCAUGAGUGGUGGUACCAUGCGUGACUAUCAGCUAGAAGGCCUCACGUGGAUGUACGAGAUAUGUUUACAAGGUCUAAGUGGUAUAUUGGCUGAUGAGAUGGGUCUGGGUAAAACCAUCCAAGUCAUUUCACUCGUUGCUUUACUCCGAGAACAAGAGAACUACUUUGGCCCUCACUUAAUAAUUGCACCCCUGAGCACGUUAUCGAAUUGGCAGGACGAGUUUCAAAAAUGGACUCCUUCGAUACCAUUCGUCUUAUAUCAUGGUACCCCUCAGGAGCGCCAACAGAUCUUCCGUGAUAAAAUCAUGAAGCACUACCAAAAAGGCCGCCCCACCCAACGAUUUCCUGUAGUCUGUACGAGCUACGAAAUGGUCCUUAGGGAUCGUGCGAGCCUCUCCAAGAUUGAUUGGGCCUUCAUCGUAGUGGACGAAGGCCACCGAAUGAAGAAUGCAGAUGCCAAACUCUUUAGAGAGUUGCAGCAAUUCAAAUCAGCUACUCGUCUUCUUAUCACAGGAACGCCCCUGCAGAACAAUCUCAAGGAACUAUGGUCUCUGCUUCAUUUUCUGAUGCCAGAGACCUUUCUCGAUUGGGAGGCAUUCGAAGUAUGGUUCGAUUUCAGUGGUCUACAAGACGAAGAAGGCACUACGCAAUUCAUUGAGGACAAGGAAAGCCAAGACCUCGUUUCCAAGAUUCACAAGGUCUUACAGCCACUUCUACUUCGUAGAAUCAAGGCGGAUGUAGCCAACUAUCUACCCAAGAAACGGGAAUAUGUCCUGUUUGCCCCCAUGACCAAGGAACAGACAGAUCUUUACAAUGUAAUCAACGAUAAGAAGAUUGACACCAGGUCCUACUUGGAGAACAAAGUUGUCGAACGGUUGACUGGGGCUACUAACAGCCCAGCCAACUCCCGACGAUCAAGUCGCCAAUCGUCUAGAGCAACUAGCGCACGUCCGAGCGAAGUGCCAUCUCCAUCAAACAACAAUGCCUUUGCAAUGAUUAUGGGCAAAAAGGCUGUCUCAACGUUGAAGAAGAGUCCAAAAGGCAGCUCCCCCCUUGCCCAGGCCAAAGGAGUUGGCAAGAGAAAGGUUCCGCCUACUAGCGAAAGUUCAACCCCAAAGAGCAGUAAAUCAAGUCAACAGUCUACUCCGACAAGUAGCAUUCGUCGUCGGCCGCGGAGGAGUCGUCCAACAUAUAAAGCGGCGUAUGACUCUGACGACGACAAAUUAGAUGAUGAUGCAUUCGAAGAGAAGCUAGCUACCGAACUUGCUGCUAAAAACGACGAUGAUUUUGAUGACGAUCUUCGAGAUGAGGAGGAGAUUGAUCGAGCUGAGACACUCGAACUUGCCAAGCUUCAGAUCGCCGAUAAGAAAUUAGGGAAUCCCAUCAUGCAACUGAGAUUAUUAUGUAACAGUCCUCACAAUUUCUACAACCCAUGGACCUACGACGAUGACGCUGAGGUUGACGAAACCAUCGUGACCGCCUCUGGCAAGAUGCUCCUUUUAGACAGAUUGCUCCCAGCGUUGUUUGCUCGUGGCCACAAGGUCUUGAUAUUCUCACAGUUUAAGACGCAAUUGGACAUUCUCCACGACUACUGUGCAGAAUUGCGAAAGUGGAACGUAUGUCGCAUUGAUGGGGGUGUUGCCCAGGAUGAUAGAAGGCAACAGAUUCAGGAGUUCAACAAAAACCCUGAUUUUAAAAUCUUCUUGUUGUCGACCAGAGCGGGUGGUCAGGGCAUCAAUCUUGCCAGCGCAGAUACCGUUAUUCUCUUUGACAGUGACUGGAACCCGCAACAGGAUUUGCAGGCUCAGGAUCGUUGCCACCGAAUUGGCCAAACGCGACCGGUUGUGGUUUACCGCCUUGCUACCAAGGGGACAGUAGAAGAGGACCUGCUACUAAGUGCUGAUGCAAAACGCAGGCUAGAGAAGCUCGUCAUCAAGAAAGGGGGGUUCAAGACGAUGGGUCAAAAACUCGAUAGCAACGAGAUUGUUGACAAGGAGAUUCUUCAAUCCCUACUAUUAAGAGAUGGUGAAGUGUAUCAACAUUCAGGGGGAGAUCGGAUCUUGAGUGACGAAGAUGUUGAUGUCUUAUGUGACAGGAGUGACGAGGCAUUUGAGCGAGCUGCGAGAGGCGCUGGCAAUGCUGCAGGUUUCCAGGUUGUCGAAACCGCGGCAGAUGGUAUCACCCAGAUGAAAGGGAAGUAAGUGUAUUGAUAUAUUUGAAUCAGCAUUGUACCAUAGUAAGCAUUCGGCGUUACUUGGUCGGUUGGUCGGUUGGUCGGUCGGUUAGAUUAGAAUAAUGGUUCCAGACACCAUCUGUAUAUUGCAUUUAUGAGUUAUGUUUCUAGCAUUCACAAGAAUGAUUGCAACUAGAAAUAUAGGACGUUGAUUUUCCCCUAGGUACCUAAUUAUCUGCCGCAUCCUGAUCUGCCUGCUGCUUAUCGGACUAGGUUGGUUGGGACAGUCGGCGAUACGCCAGUUGCGCCAUCGCUAGGAUACGAUGACGUCUCGGAUAUUGCCAAGGUGGAUUGGUAAUAUGAUACGGGAAAGCGAAAAAGAAAGAAAGAAUACCCUAAGUUAGAUACAUGUAAGUUGUAAUGCGAGUAGUACAGGAAGGGAUAGCGAUGUAAAUAUCCAUUUGUAUGGAAAAAACCUAAGGGGCCUUUUGAUUUCCAUAAACUCUACUACAUAUGUACUAAU